ACGUUUAUCCUUUUUAAUUUCUUAAUUAAUUUUCCUCCUAAAAACACUUUGCUCCUUAGCUAACAAAACCACCAAGACCACCAUAUACCCAACCCCCCCUACAUCAUUCACCCCACCCCCAUUGCCCUUUACUCAAACCUCAUACCCACCAACACUACUAGUACUACUACCUUCCCAUAUCCCAAAUCCCAUGUUAAACAAACUGGUUUCUUGAUCCAUUACCAUGUUACUUCUUAUUAUUCCCAACUCAUUUUCUUCCUCAGGUAUAACAUUACUGUUGAAAUUGGUCUGCUGAGGUGGGUUUUCAGCCAGUUAUCAAGUCUCUAUUCGUGGGUGUUAAAGAAUAAACACUGCUAUCCUGUCUACGUGCAUUGCCAUUGGGCUUCUACUGAUAGCUAGGUUGGCAUUAUGGGUUCUCGGUUCCCGUCUCAUAAGUUGAGCAGUGGCCUUUAUGUAUCUGGUCGGCCUGAGCAGCCGAAAGAAAAGGCUCCAACAAUGAGCUCGGUUGCCAUGCCUUAUACUGGCGGUGAUAUCAAAAAGUCCGGAGAGCUUGGGAAAAUGUUUGAUAUCCCAACUGGGGCACGGAAAUCUGGACCUAUUAACAAUGCCCCAUCAAGAACAGGAUCAUUUGGUGGCGCUACUUCUCAUUCGGGUCAACUGAAUUCAAUCAGUCGCAUGUCUUCUGGUGGCGGUCCUGGAUCUGUUUCUUUGAAAAAGACCAACUCAGGUCCUCUAAAUAAACACGGAGAGCCUAUGAAGAAGUCAUCGGGUCCUCAAGCUGGAGGGGCUACUGGUAAUUCCCGUCAAAACUCUGGCCCUAUUCCCCCGAUUCUCCCUACGACAGGCCUCAUUACAUCCGGUCCCAUUUCUUCGGGUCCACUCAAUUCAGCUGGUGCUCCACGGAAGGUUUCAGGUCCAUUGGAUUCCACAGGCUCGAUCAAGCUACAGAGUUCUAUUGUUAAUAACCAGGCUGUUACUCGCCUAAGCCCUGGUGAAGAAUAUUCCUUCCGUAAGAGUUUCCCGAAGCCAAUACUUUGGUCUAUAGUUCUUCUAUUUGUGAUGGGAUUUAUAGCUGGUGGCUUUAUUCUUGGUGCUGUUCACAAUCCCAUUCUUCUUGUCGUUGUUGUUAUCCUAUUUGCCAUUGUUGCUGCGGUAUUCACAUGGAAUACUUGUUAUGGAAGAAGUGCUAUUGUUGGUUUCAUCUCUCAGUACCCUGAUGCCGAGCUUAGAACUGCAAAAGAUGGCCAAUUUGUUAAAGUUUCUGGGGUAGUUACAUGUGGAAAUGUUCCUCUGGAAUCCGCAUUUCAGAAGGUUCCCAGAUGUGUUUAUACAUCCACUAGCUUAUAUGAGUACCGAGGGUGGGAUUCAAAAGCAGCCAAUCCAGAGCAUCGUCGUUUCACUUGGGGCCUUCGUUCCCUGGAGAGGCAUGUUACAGAUUUCUACAUCUCUGACUUCCAAUCUGGAUUAAGGGCGUUGGUGAAAACUGGAUGUGGUGCAAGAGUAACCCCUUAUGUUGACGAAUCUGUUGUUGUGGACAUCAAUCCAUCAAAUAGGGACAUGUCCCCAGAAUUUGUCAGGUGGCUAGCUGCGAGAAAUCUAUCCAGCGAUGACAGAAUAAUGCGAUUGAAAGAAGGGUAUAUAAAAGAAGGUAGUACUGUCAGUGUAAUGGGAGUUGUCCAACGAAAUGAUAAUGUCCUAAUGAUCGCUCCUCCUCCUGAGCCGUUUUCAACAGGUUGUCAGUGGAGUAAAUGCAUUCUUCCCGCCAGUUUAGAGGGCAUUGUACUGAGUUGUGAAGACAGUUCAAAGAUUGAUGUCAUUCCGGUGUAACAGAUGAAGGCUCUACUAUUUUGGUAUUAAAGUCGUUUGGAAAAUCCACUUUUAAGUAGUACUGAGAAUGUCAUCUCCACUCGGUUAACCAGGUGUAUAGUUUGUCAAUCCUAUUUUUUGCUUCUUUUUUUUUCUUUUAUCCGUAAUGGUGUUGGUGUGAUUAUUAUAGUAGAGGAAACAUGUUGAUUAAUGAGGAUUUUUGAGAGUUUUCUUAUGGUUAGAGAAGUUUGAUAUAUUCUUAUUCAUGUUGGGGCUUGUCAAAAUCUGUUAUGUCCUGAAAAAAAACAAGAAAUAUGUUUAUUGGUUUGAAGAAUUUUUGUGUGGCCUCUUAGCCACUUUUAAUUGCUAUGAA